AUGUCUUCCCCGUCCCCUCGAAUUGAAGUCCCCGGUCUCUACCGCUCGUCGCCCGCCAGCGCUCUGCAGAUCCAUUCUGUGUCGGGCAUGUGGCCCAACCAACUCUUUGCCGAUUCCGUCCCUCGGUCCUGGAGCAAGAACGUCUUGGUGUCCCUGGCCAAGAUCAUCUCCUCAGCCAGCACAAAGGCUAACACCACGGUUGACGACGUGGUGGCUUGGUUCAAGGACAAUGCAGAGUCAUGUGGUGGCCUCAACCAGGAGGCAUGCACCCAAGCCGAUCGGUGGCUGAGUGAGAAAUCGCCUGAAGCUCCCCCCCAACAAAGUCCUCAGAAGCGACCCGGUUAUACCAGCGACACAGAAGCGUCGCGUCGCAAACGGCGCUCGUACAAGAGCCCAGACAUCUCCGCCGUCAACCGCGAAGAGCUCGUACGCUCGGAGCACAUCUCCAUCCUCAGAGAGAAGUCGGGUGCUGCUGAGGAUCGCCUCAAUGGGGCAAAAUCACUCCUAGACGAGGUCGAAACUCGCGUCGUUUCUCUGCAACGACAAAUCGCCAAUGUCAAUGCUGGCGCGCUCCAAGAGAGCAUCAAGGAGGCCACCGCCCGCCUCGCAACCUCCUCCGCCCUGGUCACCAAGCACCAGCGAUACGUGGACGGGUACCGGGAAUUGGCGCUGCCCGAUGCGCCAACCUACCAUGUCCAAGCCAUGGAAACGGCUCAAAGCGAGCUCGACAAAGCAUCUCAGGAUGCUCAAACUGCUGAGGGAGUCCUGGCGUCGGCUCAGGAGGAGCAGAGAGAGCUAAAGCGCGCUGAGGAGAAGUUGGUGAAGUUGGGCGCUGAGAAGGUGACCCUGGAACAGUCUGUCUUUGACCUCCGGUUGGCCAAGGCGCGCUGUGAUGUGUACCUUGGGAUGGUGGAGUAUGGGCCUGAUGGUUUGGCCGCUCUGCGGGAGGAGGAUGUUGGACCUGGAGUAGUUUGGCUGUCUGUGGGCGUGUGUCUGGCGUGGUUGUCUGGCGUUUGGGUUGUUUUCCUGUGGUGUGUACUGGGAGUUUAUACGCGAUAA